CAGCCCGAAAAGCCUUGUGGGGAGCAAUGCAGCUCUUUUGGGGCACCUACACCCAGGUUACCUUGGUCACCUUGGACCUCUUCCCCUCCGGCUGCCUCUGCCUUCCAGGUGAAGCAGAUCAUGGAGGAGGCUGUGACACGCAAGUUUGUCCACGAAGACAGCAGCCACAUCAUCUCCUUCUGUGCGGCUGUGGAGGCUUGCGUCCUGCAUGGGCUUCGGCGGCGGGCGGCUGGCUUCCUACGCAGCAACAAGAUCGCAGCUCUCUUUAUGAAAGUGGGCAAGAGCUUCCCACCGGCUGAGGAUCUGAGCCGCAAGGUGCAAGACCUGGAGCAGCUGAUCGAGAGCGCGAGAAACCAGAUCCAGGGCCUCCAGGAGAAUGUGCGGAAGCUGCCGAAGCUGCCCAACUUGUCCCCACUUGCCAUCAAGCAUCUGUGGAUUCGCACGGCCUUGUUUGAGAAGGUCCUGGACAAAAUCGUGCAUUACCUUGUGGAAAACAGCAGCAAAUACUAUGAGAAGGAAGCUCUCCUGAUGGACCCUGUGGAUGGCCCCAUCCUUGCGUCUUUGUUGGUGGGGCCCUGUGCCCUAGAGUACACCAAGAUGAAGACUGCAGAUCACUUCUGGACCGACCCCUCGGCUGAUGAACUCGUCCAGAGGCACCGCAUUCACAGCUCCCACGUGCGUCAGGACUCGCCCACCAAGCGUCCUGCCCUCUGUAUCCAGAAGAGGCAUUCCAGUGGCAGCAUGGACGACCGGCCAUCUCUCUCUGCCCGCGACUACGUGGAGUCCCUGCAUCAGAACUCCCGUGCCACCCUGCUGUAUGGCAAAAACAACGUGCUGGUUCAGCCGAGGGACGACAUGGAGGCUGUGCCAGGGUACCUGUCCCUGCACCAGACGGCUGAUGUCAUGACCUUGAAGUGGACACCCAACCAGCUGAUGAACGGGUCUGUGGGGGACCUGGACUAUGAGAAGAGCGUCUACUGGGACUAUGCCAUGACCAUCCGCCUGGAGGAGAUUGUCUACCUGCACUGCCACCAGCAAGUGGACAGCGGCGGGACGGUGGUAUUGGUCAGCCAGGACGGGAUCCAGAGGCCGCCCUUCCGCUUCCCCAAGGGUGGGCACCUCCUGCAGUUCCUCUCGUGCCUGGAGAAUGGGCUGCUUCCUCAUGGGCAAUUGGACCCGCCACUGUGGUCUCAGCGGGGGAAGGGCAAAGUGUUUCCUAAACUGCGCAAGCGAAGCCCUCAGAGUUCUGCUGAGUCCACAUCUUCAGACAAAGACGAUGACGAGGCCACGGAUUACGUGUUCAGGAUCAUCUACCCUGGCAUGCAGUCAGAAUUCGUUGCCUCCGGCCUCUUGGGCAGCACUUCCCCCGUCUCUGUGGGCCCUGCCUGGAUGAUGGUUCCUGCAGGCCGGUCCAUGCUGGUGGUGGCCAGAGGGAGUCAGUGGGAACGAGCCAGAUGGGACACCACUCUCCCCACGCCGAGCCUGAAGGAGCAGCUUCCCAUCCCCCAGGAUCUGAUGGAUGUCUCUGUGAGCAAUCUCCCGUCCCUAUGGCAACCCAGUCCCCGGAAGUCCUCCUGUUCAUCCUGUUCACAGAGUGGCUCGGCUGAUGGUAGCUCAACCAAUGGCUGCAACCACGAGAGGGCUCCCCUGAAACUUCUCUGUGACAAUAUGAAGUACCAGAUCCUCUCCAGAGCCUUCUAUGGAUGGCUGGCCUACUGCAGGCAUCUGUCCACCGUGAGGACCCACCUGUCAGCCCUGGUCAAUCACAGGAUCGUGUCUCAGAACUUGCCCUGCGAUGCUGGACAGGGGCUGACAGCCGGGAUCUGGGAGCAGCACCUUCAGGAUAGCACAAGUUACGAGGAGCAGGAGCUGCUGCGCCUCAUCUACUAUGGGGGCAUCCAGCCUGAGAUCCGCAAGGCUGUGUGGCCCUUCCUCCUGGGCCACUACCAGUUCGGGAUGACGGAAACAGAAAGGAAAGAGGUGGACGAGCAGAUGCAUGCCUGCUACGCACAGACCAUGGCCGAGUGGCUGGGCUGCGAGGCGAUCGUGCGGCAGAGGGAGCGGGAGUCCCAUGCGGCCGCCCUGGCCAAAUGCUCCUCCGGGGCCAGCCUGGACAGCCACCUGCACCGGAUGAUGCACAGGGACUCAACCAUCAGCAACGAGUCCUCUCAGAGCUGCAGUUCGGGCCACCAGAACAUCCGCCUACACAGUGACUCCAGCAGCAGCACACAGGUGUUUGAGUCUGUGGAUGAGGUGGAGCAGGUGGAGGCUGAAGGCAGAUCGGAGGAGAAACAGCCCAAGAUCCCCAAUGGGAACCUAGUGAACGGCACCUGUUCCCCAGACUCGGGUCAUCCUUCCUCGCAGAACUUCUCUUCAGGCUUCUCAGAGCACUCAGAGCCCAGUCUGAGCACAGAAGACAGUGUCCUGGACGCCCAGCGGAACACUCCCCCGGUGCUGCGCCCUGGGGAUGGCAGUGUGGAUGACAGGCAGAGCAGCGAGGCCACCACAUCCCAGGAUGAGGCCCCCCGGGAGGAGCUGGCCGUGCAGGACAGCCUGGAGAGCGACCUCCUGGCCAAUGAGAGCAUGGAUGAGUUCAUGUCCAUCACGGGCAGCAUGGACGUGGCCCUGCCUGAAAAGGACGAUGUCGUGAUGGAGAGCUGGAGGGGCAGUGAGGCAGAGAAACAUGGCCAGGCGGACAGCGAGGACAACCUCUCAGAGGAGCCCGAGAUGGAGAGUCUCUUCCCUGCCCUGGCUUCUCUGGCUGUGACUACUUCUGCCAAUGAGGUGUCCCCCGUGUCUUCCAGCGGUGUCACCUACUCUCCAGAGCUGCUGGACCUGUACACGGUGAACCUGCACCGCAUCGAGAAGGAUGUGCAGAGGUGUGACCGCAACUACUGGUACUUCACGCCCGCCAACUUGGAGAAGCUGCGUAACAUCAUGUGCAGUUACAUCUGGCAACACAUUGAGAUUGGCUAUGUCCAGGGCAUGUGUGAUCUUUUGGCUCCACUGCUGGUCAUUCUGGAUGAUGAGGCCCUUGCCUUCAGCUGCUUCACGGAACUCAUGAAGAGGAUGAACCAGAACUUCCCCCACGGAGGCGCCAUGGACACGCACUUUGCAAACAUGAGGUCCUUGAUCCAGAUCCUGGACUCAGAGUUGUUCGAGCUGAUGCAUCAGAACGGGGACUACACUCACUUCUACUUCUGCUACCGCUGGUUCCUGCUGGAUUUCAAGCGAGAACUCGUCUAUGAUGACGUCUUCCUGGUCUGGGAGACCAUCUGGGCAGCCAAACAUGUCUCCUCUGCACACUACGUCCUGUUCAUCGCGCUGGCUCUGGUGGAAGUCUACCGCGACAUCAUUUUGGAGAACAACAUGGAUUUCACAGACAUCAUCAAAUUCUUUAAUGAAAUGGCUGAACGACACAACACCAAGCAAGUCCUGAAGCUGGCGCGGGACCUCGUGUACAAGGUGCAGACUCUGAUCGAGAACAAGUGAGGGGCACCUCACCCAGGCAGCCUCCGCCGAGCUGCCACCUGUUCCUCUGCUUACUUUUCCUCCUGGCCGGACGGCCACCCCAGGAGCGGGGUCCUGGUGUCUGUUCACAAGCAUGGACUUCAGUGCAAAAAGAAACUUCUGGGCAGUUGGGGUGGAGGGAGUACCCCUUCAAUUCAGCCUUACGUUUUCCUGUUUGACCAAAGAUUGCCCAAGUCUGGCGUUCCCCCCUUACAGGAGGUGGGGCUUGUUGGUGGGGGAGGACCCAUCUUUGUUUUCCUGAUGUCCAGAAUGACCUCUUCUUCUUCUUUCCCUAUUCCUCCAAACCGUCUUGUGAGAUGAGACCUGGGAGGGCAUUUCUUUUUGGAAAUCGAUGUAGAAGAGGUCUGUGGGGCUGCCUCUAUGCUGCUUUGAAAGGGGCCUUUGGAGAUGUUCUGGCCAUGCUAAAGAUCGACUUAGAGAUGGACCCUCCACCUCCACAUUGCUGAUAUUUGGGGCCAGGUGAUUCUUUUUGAAGGGACUGUCCCCUGCAUUGGAGGAUGCUGAGCAGCAUUCCUGGCGUCACCAGAUGCCAGUAGCAUCAUUCCCUACCCACACCCCCAGUUGUGACAAUCCCCAAAAAUGUCUCUAGAUGUUGCCAAGUGUUCCCUGCAGGCCAAACUGCCCCUGUUUGAGAACCACCGACUUGGAGGAGGGGCUACAAAUGUACUUCCUGCCCCAUUCUUCUGAUGCUAAGCCACCCUGGUCCUGAGGCCUCCCUCACUUAGAAAAGGCACACAGGAGGCCGGGCGUGGUGGCUCAUGCCUGUAACCCCAGCACUUUGAGAGGCCAAGGUGGGUGGAUCAUGAGGUCAGAUGUUUGAGACCAGCCU